AUGUGGCCAAUCCUUAUGAGACAUUGGCCAGAUGAUCCAAUACCAGUUGGAAUAAUUAUGCUAUUUUUAUAUAGAAAAGAUGAUAUAAAUUUAGAAUGGCAUUAUACUAGUUUGCCAUCCGACCCGAAUAGCACUCAAAAAGCUUGUCGACGCUAUAUACCAGAUAAUCCUCAAUCUGUUGAAAUUUCACCACACACAACAAGAACGCUUUCGUUUAUUUUAUUUGAAUCAAAUGCUGAUGUCGAUCAAAGCGGCGAUUAUCGAUUAGACAUUAUGUAUCGAGAUCAGGUCUGUGAGACAGAUUACAAUGGUGCAAUUAUUAAUGAGAUUGUCAUUAAUGAAGAACGAUCAUAUUCUAUUAGUUUAAUUGAUUAA